CAUGAUGAUGAUGAUGAUGAUGAUGAUGAUGAUGAUGAUGAUGAGACGGGGUGUGUUUGAUCCCAGGACCGCGAUGGAGGAACAGAGUUCAGACAUAGAAGUGACGGUGAAGACGCUGGACUCCCAGAGCCGGAGCUACGCCGUAGGAUCUCAGCUGACGGUGAAGGAGUUCAAGGAGCACAUCGCCCCCUCAGUGGGCAUCCCUGUGGAUAAGCAGAGGCUGAUCUAUCAGGGCCGAGUGCUGCAGGAUGAGCGAACCCUGGCAGACUACAAUGUGGGCGGAAAGGUGAUCCACCUGGUGGAGCGGGCCCCUCCUCCACCUUCCCAGGGAGGGUCGGGGUCUGGAGGGACCUCGGCAGACAGCGGACCUUCCUCAUCCUCCCAGGGAACCUCCCAAGUGCCGCACGACCGUAACGCUAACAGCUACGUCAUGCUAGGAACCUUCAACCUCCCCGUCAACAUCAUGGACCCGCAGCAGAUCCAGCUCUCCUCCUCAUCAGCUCCUCCUACCCUCAGCUCUCCUCCUCAUCAGCUCCUCCUACCCUCAGCUCUCCUCCUCAUCAGCUCCUCCAGUGUCUCUGUGGUUCUCCUGCUGGUCUUCCUUGUUCUGCUGCGUUUCCAGAGCAACGGUUCGGUCAACGUUCACAUCGACAUGGACCAGCCGGUGCAGAGCGAGCCCAGGCUGAGGCUGGUGCUGGCGGAGAACCUGCUGAGGGACGUCCAGGAUGUGAUCAGCAGGAUGGAGGGUCGAUCCACGGACUCCUCCUCCCAAACAGAGACUCCUCCUCCUGCCGCCGCCGCUGCUCCCCCGCCGCCCUCCUCUUCAUCCACCACCUCUACGCCCUCUCCCUCCGCCCAGCCCAUGGACACCUCCCCUCCCCCCACCACGCCCCCACCGCCCUCCUCUGCACCGUCCGAGGGGCCGACCCCGCAGCCGGGGCCAAGUCACCCCAGCCCUGCGGAGCUGGCGGAGAUGCUGUCUGAGCUGCGGAGGGUGGAGGAGCGGCUGCAGCCGUUCAUGCAGAGAGCCCACAGCAUCCUGGAGACCGCCACCACCGCAGAAUACAACAACAACACGCAGGAGAGAGAGGACGACCAGAGAACUCUGGUCCAGAUCUGCGAGUGUCUGCGUCUCCUUGGAAACGCCCUGGUUGCCCUUAGCGACCUGCGGCUGAACCUGAUGAGUCCCGUCCCCCGCCACCUCCAUGUUGUGCGUCCGUUCUCUCACUACUCCAGCCCGGUUGGCCUCCCUGGAUCCAUGCAUCAUCACAUCCCAGUGCAGAUGAACCUGGGUGCCACGGUGACCGUUGCCGCUAACAGCACUGAGGGGCAAGCUCCGCCCACCCAGCCAACCGGUCAGCCAGAACAGGCCAAUCAGGGACAGAGCUCCCCCUCGCCGAGCACUCCGUCCAAUCAGCAGGCUGGACAGGGACCGGGUGGCCCCCGGGUGAUCCGGAUCAGCCACCAGGCCGUCCCGGUGGUCAUGAUGCAGAUGAACGCAGACGGAGGAAGCAGCCCUGCAGCAGGAGGACAGCCGCUGGCCGGGCAGCCAGGUGCGCUCCCACCUGACUUCAUGAGGAACGUCAUGCAGCAGAUCAGUCAGUAUGCGGCGGCCGUUGCCACCAGCGCCGCCGCCGCCACCGCCCAGCCCUCCCCCCCCAGCUCCACCCCCUCCGCCCCUCCUGCCUCCUCCCAGUCUGGGUCCCAGCAGCCCCAGCAGGCGCGGGUGGUGUUCUCCCGGCCCCCCUUCGCCGCUGCCGCGCCCCCCCCGGUGUUCGGCGCCCGGGGGACCACCAUCAACGUGAGGGCGGCGGUGCCGGGCCAGCAGCCCGGACAGGCCUUCAGCCCGGCGGCUCUGAACCAGAUGAUCAGCGGACUGGUGGGUCAGCUGCUGGUUCCGGGACAGAUGGCGGGUCAAACCGUCACCACCUCCUCCUCCUCCUCCUCCUCCUCCACUUCCUUCUCCUUUUCCGGUUCGGGUCCAAAUCCACCGCCUGCUGCGUCCAGCCAGAACCAGAGUGAGGCGGGCGCUGCUGAGCCCCAGCCGGACCUGGCCCCUGACCUCCGCCAGCUGCUGGGCUCCCUGCUGGGCGAGGCCGGGGGGCCCGCUGCUGGUUCCGGUCCGUCUGGAGCCCCUUCUAUAACCGUCACCAGCUCAGGCGUCCCGGCCUUCAUCCAGGGGGUGACGGACUUCAUGCAGCAGGCCUCCCAGCCCAUCUUCUCUCCUCCCCCCCAGGCCUCCGGACCCACUGCGGGGCCCGGCCCGGCGGGGGCAGCAGAGUCCCUGAACCCGGAGCUGUUCACCGGCAUCCUGCGGGGGGUUCUGAACUCCAUGAUGGGCUCACUGGGUCAGAACCAGAACGACACCGAGAGCAUCGCCCAGUUCAUGCAGCGGCUGUCCCAGACCACCAACAUCUUCUUCAGUCCAGAGGACCCCACAGGGUUCUUCGGGGAGCUGCUGAUGUUGGUGUGCCAGACGUUCACCAUGUCUGACCUGGUGAUGCUGCUCCACGGUCAGCACCAGCCGCUCAGCCGCAUCCAGCCUCAGCUGGCCCAGUUCUUCACCCAGAACUUCCUGAGCGGCAGGGAGCCCACGGAUCAGAACAUCGCUGGAGCUGCUGAUGGUCUGGUCACCGAGCUGCAGGAGUACAUCAGCGAGAGCUUCAGGGAGUCCAACGUCUCUGUGCUGGACGGCGUGGACGUCACUCAGACCAACAUGUCCUUUUUCAGACAGCAGCUGACGCAGAUCGCCACGCACAUCCUGCGCUGCUCAGAUGAGACAUUUGGUCCCAGACUGCUGCAGAUGUGCAACCAGGCGCUGUUUGAGUGUCUGGCCCUCAACCUGCACUGCCUGAGAGGAGACCAGCGAGCGCUGACCGCCGUCAUCAACCACCGCAUCGUGAGUACGCUAUGGAGGACAGGGGGACGGCUUCUGUUGGGGGACACCAUAGAGGACAGGGGGUUCUGGCCAGGCGGCGUAUCGCCUUACGCCAGGCGCCUCAUCAAUCAUGGAUGGCUUUGUCUUCCACAGACGGAUCCCGGUCCUGCCGGCGGCUCCCAGGACGCUCAGAGUGCCACGAUCGGAGACACUCUGUCCCCCGCCGCAGCCACCACGGCAGAGGAGGCCAUGUCGCACGACAACGCCGCUGCGUCGUCAAGGGAGACCAGAGCGUUGCCUGGAGAUCUGGGAGCGUCGGGCGGUGCGGCGCCUCUAGGGGGCGACAUGGUGGCAGCAGGAGCAGAGGGAGGCAGCGAGGAGUCUGAGAGCUGGGCCGCCGCCGUCCCUCCUGAGUGGGUUCCCAUCAUCAGGCGCGACAUGAUGACGCAGAGGAAGAUGAAGGCUCAGCCGCCGCUCUCUGACGCCUACCUCCACGGCAUGCCGGCCAAGCGCAGGAAGACGGGCCAGGGCGGCGGCAGCCUCCUCUCCCUCUCAGACGCCGUCAGUCAGGCGGCCAGGAACAUGGGGGUGAGGCCCAUCACCUCCCCGGAGCAGCUCCAGGCCGACCUGGAAACGCAGGAGGUGAAGGAGGCGUACUCGGAGCAGGUCAAAGCCGACGUGAAGAAGCGCGUCAGAGACGACCCGGAGUUCAACCCGCAGCAAUUCCCCAACGCCCACAGAGCCUUCGCCCCCGACUCCUAACGCUCCGCCUGCGCCUCCCCAGCAGCAGCCUCAGGGUGCCGAGCCUCCCUCUCCUGGGGGGGCGGGGUCUGAGCCUCCCUGUGGUUCUAAGGGUUCUGAGCUCCAGAGGCUUUCCAACCAGCAGAGGUUCUACCACCCAAACCCAGAGCUGGUUCUGAUCCAGGACCAGAAUCUUUAUCGUCUGUCGGCCCAAAAGCCUCCAGAGUUCUGAUCCGAUCACAGAAAGUUCUGGAAUCGAUGUCAGAACCGACCCAGUGGAAGGAAGGCUUCCAGCGCCCUCUGCUGGGGAGCCCCAUAUGUCAGAGUUUGACCAACAGACCAGCUGAUGAUGAUGAUGAUGAUGAUGAAGGUAGAACCCAUCAUCAUCAUCAAUUCCUGCUGGCGACCGUCGUCUGUUUCUCCUCUUCCUCCUAUUUAUGGCUUCAGCUCCUCCUUUAAGAUGAUGUUCUCCUCCCAGCUGCUGCUUCCUCCAUGAUGAUGAUGAUGAUGAUGAUGAUGAUGAUGAUGAUGAUGAACACACAGACUGUGAUGCUGUUUGGUUGAUGAAUGUACAGCAAAGCUAAUAAAACCU